AUGCAGCUUCCCACGGAAAUCUAUGAUCUCAUUACGCUCUACGUCGAAAUCGACGAAAAUACCAGGCCUCGACACUGGCAACACAAAGUUCGGAACUACCAAGGCCUCGGCGUGAGAACUCGCCAAAGACUAGCCCAAUUACGUCUGGUUAAUAAGGCUUUCUACCACAGCGUUUCACCCCGACUAUUCCGGCACAUUGGGGUGAGACCCAAAUUAAAUUCUUCUUCUUCUUCUUCUACAACAACAACAACCACUACUACCACUUCUUGUUCAGCUUUCCGUCGGCUUGAAGCGGUAUCCAAAAGCCAAUAUGCCGAGUACGUGCGAGCAGUCGACUUUUGGUUCCAUUCCUCUCCGCAAGAAGGUGCAGAUCAAGAGUAUUUGCAAGACUUCGCAAGAUUACUCAAUCAAUGCCUGGCUAGGUUCAAAGGCCUCAAAACACUCAGUUUCUCGCAGCCGCAUUCUGAUCUUCCUGUAGAGGAGAAUGAAUUGUAUGUCAGUAGUAUCGUGGAAAUGUUUCGAGACUUAUCAUUUCAGAGUCUCGAAGGCCUCACGCUCUACUUCCCGCUUGCCCAUGACUUUGGGAGAUUAUUUCAUUCGUCAUCGCCAGAAUUGUGUACGAUGAAUGUGCCCCUUGAGCGGCUUCGGAACCUUGAAUUGGGCGUCUAUGCGUGCACUAAUCCUCAUCUUGUAGGAAAUUGGAUACGGUUUAUCCGACCGGAAAAUGCCGGGCUUCCAAAUGAAUUAUAUGAACGUUAUCUGUAUCAGUUGAUAGCACCGGCAAAUAACCUAGAAAACCUCUCAAUUCGCAGCAUGGAUCUUUUGAACCUGGACUCCGUCGAUUUCUCUCCCCCUUCUCUACGACAUCUCCGGUCACUCAGUUUAUCGGCAGUGUCUAUUUCGGCCGACAAACUUCUCUCACUAUUCGGCGAAGCGGAUGGAUCCAUAGCGUCAGAAAUCAAACAUAUUGAUUUCAAUAUUGUCAAAUUAACCGCCGGGACAUGGUAUCACGUACUCCUAACAAUGAGUCAACUGCUGCCUCGCCUGGUCGACUUCACAUCUGAAUCUAGUGGUUACUCGUCGACAGGCUCGAGCGCUCAUUUGAUGCCAGUGCUGCCCCGUCGAGGAUUUGCUACGACCUACAGUAUUGAAACUGAUGAGGCUGUGGAUAUUGUUGCUCUUGGUCAUUUGCAGCGGGCAGUGAAUGGGAAUAGAGUCAAAGUAGGACUGGAGCCGUACACAAGGGAUGAUUUUGAGUACCUUGGAGAGCCUCCACUGGAACUGAUGCAUCGGAUCCGGUUGGACUUAAAUAUAUCUUCGAUAUUGACAGUGGAAUGA